AUGGCGGAUGACAAGGACUCGAUGCCAAAGGUGAAAGACCUGGCUUUCCUAAAAAAUCAGCUGGAACAUCUACAACGACGACUAGAAGAGGAGGUCAAGACAGGUGUGGAACAGGAAGGAUCGUUCCUGUCAUCUCCUUUUCUCAAGGGCUUCCUGGCCGGCUAUGUCGUAGCCAAGUUGAGGGCAUCAGCGGUGAUGGGUUUCGCAAUUGGUGCAUGCACCGGCAUCUAUGCAGCACAGUCCUAUGCAGUACCCAAUGUCGAGAAGACCUUGAAGGAUUAUCUCCGGGCCCUGCGUAAGGGACCUGACUAGUACACUCUCAGCAGUCUUCCCUCCAAAGCCUCCUCAGGAAAACCCACUGCCCUCUGAGGACAAGCCUUGGAAUCUGGGUCAGCAUGGAUAGGCAGCAGGACUGACUAUAUAGGGUCAUCAAGGAAGGCUAGCUGUCUUGCCCCAUCUCUAACCUCCCUAGCUACUUAUUUUCAGUUGCCUCAGCUAUUCUAGACCACAGAUGU